AUGGCGGAAUCGACGACGGGAGACGCAACCAAAGAUCGCAGUGACACUAACGGAAGUUUCAAUGCCUUGAAAUCGAUUGACGAGUCGAUCGGAAUCCUGAAUCGUCUGAGGGAAGCAGAAUCGAAGAAGCCGGAAUCUGAGAUCUCUUCGUCUUCUCCGGCUCCGGUGCCCAAAUUUCCGGAUGAGUUUAGAUGCAGCCUCUCGACUAAUAUCAUGAUCGAACCUGUAGUCAUCGCUUCUGGGCAGACUUUUGAGAAAAGAUACAUCACAGAGUGGCUGAUUUCUAAGCAGACAUGUCCCAAAACGUUUGAAGUCCUCUCUCAUCUGGAAGAUCAGAUAUUGGCUGCAAAAGAGCUUCGCCGCCAGAGCAAGUUAUUUGGCAGUGUCAUGGCCUUCUUUGCGCCGGAGAUACCAUCACUCAGUUGCUCAGUCCGAUCUCUGCUUCUGGUGUUGUGGUUGACUCGAAUCCCCGAAGCUUCAGAAGAAUAUCAUCACAACAUUGCUCAACAUCUCGAAGCUGGAGCAGAACAAGACAAUUCUUGCUGA